AUGUCGCACUUCCCGCAUCACAAUGACGACGAUCUCAGCGGCCCGCCGAUCCCGAGCUACAAGAUCAGCAGCUUUUCGGAUCCCAGUAUGGAGGGGCCGCCGAUCCACGUGGCGGACGCGGAGAGGCAGACGGUGCUGACGAGUCUGCAGGGCGAGUUGAUACGCGAGUCGUACGCUGAGCUGGAGCCUGAUCUGGACAAACACGCGAUCAUAAUGUACCUCACCAUCUUUGACAUGGUACCAGAGGCCAAGCGCCUCUUCUCCAUGGUGCGCGAGUCGAACGAGCCGGCUCCAGUCAACAUUAAGCUCAACGCACAUGCCACCAUGUCCUUCCGCAUGAUGUGUGAGGCGUUCUGCAAGUGGGACGACCCAGCCCAGGUGGAGAAAUCGGUGCCCUUCUUCAAGGCGCUGGGCGGCCGACACCUCAACUACGGCAUCGAUGGCAACGACUUCCCGGUGUUCCGGACGGGUUUCAUGAAGGCACUGAAGAAGGCGUUUGGGGAGCGGUGGCACGGGGAGCUGGAGGGAGCGUGGUGUGCCGCCUUUGACAUGCUGGAAGAGGUUGCUAGCACCGGCAUGGCGGAGGGCGGGGGAUUCAAGCGCGUGCCAGCCUUCAUGCUGGCCUGA